AGCCCAAAAUUUGGCAGGGCUAGGAUCACAUUCUACCUAAUUGUAGCCCCCAACAAGUUGGUAAAGUGAGGUCUUAUUUUCAUGUAGGUCUCGUUUUUACUUUGUAUCAUUUGGGUUGUAGAAAGGAAGAAAUAGUCAUUAUCAGCUCUCUCAUUUUCUUUGGUAUCUGAAUUUUUCUACCGAUGGAUUUGGAGUCGGCGAGGAAAUUAGUGGAGAAAGCCGACGGCGGGCAUGGGCUCACGGUAGACUCGAUGCCGGCGAGGUUCAUAGAGCCCAUAGUUAUGCAAGGCCUCAGGCUUGACCACAUCGAGCGCGGCCGCAUCGUCUGCUCCUUCACCGUCCCACCUCGCCUCGUGGACUCCGAGAACGCGCUGCACGGCGGAGCUACGGCGGCGAUGGUGGACAUAGUUGGGUCCGCCGUUAUCUUCACGAUGGGAUCCACGUUCACGGGCGUAUCCGUUGAGAUCAACGUCACCUACUUGGACUGCGCGUAUGUCGGUAGAAUUCUUAGACUCGUAUCUCGAGAGGAAAUUGAGAUAGAAUGCAAGGCACUGCGUGUUGGAAAGGCUCUUGCUGUUGUGAGUGUUGACUUUAGAAGUAAGAAGACGGGUAAGCUCAUUGCUCAGGGGCGCCACUCAAAGUACCUAGCCGUCCAUAGCAAAAUUUGAAAGACCCCUAAUUGUACUUUGGUUAAGACCUUCAUUGCUUGUAUGAUUGUAUCUUAAUAUAUAUGUUGUAUCACUAUAAUGAGUGACGAGAGUUGCUCAAAGAAAACUAUAAACAUUUUUUUUUUUUUUGGGACGAGAAAACAUUGGUUUAACCCUCAGAGGUGGACUUGUUCAAAUGUGUUGGGAACCAAAAUAACUUAAUGCCAUGGUGAGGGUUUUGUUUUAAAACAAAUCCAGAUAUCUUUCUGUAUAUUACGACAUACCAACUUUUCGUUUAUAUUCCAUAAAUUAC